UUUGUAUUGCGUAGUGUGGUACUUUUCGCGCCAUUUUGUGUGUUUCGGUGAAAGAGUUCUAAAUGUAUUGGUGUAUUGUCAACUUAAGACGUUUCAUAUAACAUUGACAGUUUAAAUUUUUGAUGGUUCUUUUAGUUUUGCGUCGUGACAGGUGAAUAAAUUGGUAGAUCGAAAGCAAGUGUGAGCAAAACACGCAAGGAAUGGCGGUUUCAAAGAAGUCGACGGAUUACUACAUAACCAAUGCAAAUGAAGCUCUCGAAUUGAAAUUGGUAAGGAAAUCUGAAGAUAUUGAAGAUGAUAGCCUGGCAUUUAAUCCUGAAAUGACCCAUCAAGUAUUUGGAGAUAGUGAAACAAUUUUUGGAUAUAGAGAUUUAAAAAUAAAGUUGUAUUACUCUGCUGCUGCCUUGACAACAUACUUAGGAGUUUCUUAUACUUCGAAAGCAGAUGUUGAUAAAUUUGAUGGUGUGGAGGCUGAUGAUAUUGAAGGUAAUUUGUCAAAAGUUAUUCAGCGUGGCUACUUAACAAAUUUAGAUGAUUUUCGAAAGGCUGUAUUGAAAGAUAAUAAGUUCGUACCGUUUGGAGAAUUGUUACGCUCUUUUAAUAUUGAAGCUCAAGAAAAUCAACCUUCAAAAUCUUAUGAAGUCUAUCAGUGUGAUGUCAAAGUGCCUGGAUUUUACAAAUUCCAUGAGCGUCUUCAGACCUUUAUUCUUUGGUACAUAGAUGCAGCCAGUUUUAUUGAUAUAGAUGAUGAUAAAUGGAAAUUCUUUGUUGUGUAUGAAAAAUACAAAGUAAAUGGUGAUACACUCUAUGCUGUGGCAGGAUAUGCAACAGUGUAUGAAUAUUACGCAUAUCCUAAAAAUAUUCGACCAAGAAUUGGGCAAAUUCUGGUCAUGCCACCUUUUCAAAGGCAGGGUCUUGGUGUCCAGCUGCUGAGGGCAAUUUAUCAAUAUUAUGUGCCUAAUCCAGAUGUAAUAGAUAUAACAGUGGAAAGCCCAUCAGAUGAGUUUCAGCGAGUGCGAGAUUAUGUGGACGUGAAGAAUUUUGAAGAUUUGGUGAAGGAUAACCCUGAAGUUUUGAAACAAAUGCGACGUGUUUAUGAAAUUCUGAGACUACAGUAUACUGAUACAAAAAAUGAAGCAGAUUACAAACAGUACAGAUUGGAUGUCAAGAAGCGUUUAAAUAUUCCUUAUCAGAAAGAAAAGGCUGACUUGAAGAAAUUAGAAAAAGUCCUCAAAGGACCGGAGUUUUCAGCUGUACUAUCAUUUGAUAAUCCAGAUGUACGAAUGGAUACAUUGGAGCGUGAAUUCAGAGAACUUGAAACACAGUAUCGUCGCAUAUUAGAUCGACUGUCGUUGGACUGAAGAUGCAAUCGUUUUUAUGGAAAGAUGUGUAAAUUUUGUCCUUAAUUGUUAUGUGAACUGAUAAUGAAUGUGUGUUAUGAACUUAUAGUAUUGUAUAUGAUACUCCAAAUAAGUUCUUGUAUGCUUUGUUCUGUAUGUGUUGAACUUUCUCACUCUAAUUUAUACAUUUUUGAAUUAUGUGAAUUGUUCAUAUGCAUUGUUUCAUUUAUACAAAAUUGAAAGCGAGGUGGGAGAGGGAGGAAUUGAUAAUGUUUGUCAUUGAGUGUGUUGCGAAAAAAUCAUGUUUUUUUAUUUGCCCUUGUUUUAUUGUUGUGAAUAUAAUACCAAAUUAAAUUGAGAAUUUGUACAUACCAUUACAUGAGGGCAUUAGAAAACUUACAACCAAGUAACAAAUGAAAAUGGAACUUGUUUAAUGUAUUCGUAAUAUUAAUAAAAGAACUGAAAAUCAUAUUUUAUAAUUUUUAUUUAUCUUGUACUGAACUGAUGUGACAGUGAGAUAUAAUAUAUGAAGCCUUGUUGAUAAUCCUUUUGAAUGGAAGCAGGAAUUUGGGAACAUUCCCCUUCUACUGUAGUUCUGAAUUCAUGAUGGAUCAGAAGCAUUGUCUUGGUACUAGUUUCUGUUGCCAGGUUGCACUGAGAUUAGAGAAAUCAGCAAAGAGAAUGACACUGAAUGGGGUGAAGGGCGCCUUGCUCUACACAGCGACGAAUGCAACUUGGACUUCUUUUAGAUGCUGUGAUACUCUGCCAUUGCAAUAGUUCUGAAACUGAAAGAUAUUUCGUAAGUAGAAUGAAUAUGGUUGUCUUUGUCCUUGCAUUGCACAUUAGGGACAGGAACAGGUAAAAGUUAGAAAUAUUGUUUUCAGUGGCAGUGAAAAUGGGUAACACAAAGCAUGCAAUAGAUUUAAGCGAAGACAUUGAGCUAGCUUGUCAUCGGACAGCUGAAACUGUCUGAUGCAGCAAACAAUCUUGUUUGCUGCGAUGUUGCAAUCAUAUUCCGUUCCCCAAGCAGGCAACGCAAGCAGGGAACCCGCGUUGUUCUCGCAUUGAAGACAAGGUGUCUGUGAGUGCGGUGCGAUGCGCGGCGCGUGUAUCGACCGCGGGGAGCG